UGAUGACGCCACAUCACUGCCAGAACUGGAAAGUCCAACAUCUGAAGAUCUUCAUCUUCACUGAGGAGCCUUUCACUUUAUACAGCUCAGAUUCAGUGUUCUUGGGAAGACUAUGGGUUUGUGAUCCCCUUAUUUCCUCCAUUCCAAUCCAGAGGGCCAUGAGCCAGCCCAGCCCCUGGCUGCAGUAUGAGCCUCCGCACUGUAGGGGGUGCUCUGUUCACCUCCCUGCGCCCUAACCUGUUUGUGAGCAACAGCAACAGAAGCGGUGUUGGUGGAGGGAGCCGCUGGGGCUCUCUCUCUCUGAAACCCGUGUCUUCCUUGCUGCACACCAUGGUACCUCCAGGUUACACCACGCUGCAAGAAGAACGAUUGGCCAUGGUGGAACUGAGCUCACCCAAGCCAGAGACGCACCAGAACGGCUUUCACCGUGAAGGCCGUCGCCUGUCUGAACGUUCUGGAGAUGGCCGGUACGGUGAGACGGAGCCCAUGCUACCUGACAGCCGGCUCUCAGGAGACGAGGUCGAUGAGGAAGAGGACAGUGAAGAAGAAGGCCAGAAACCGGCCACACAAAACAUGCCCAAGGAGUCACCCCUGGCCAUGGCUCUGCAGAUUCUGGUGCCGUUCCUGCUGGCUGGCUUUGGCACUGUGUCGGCUGGCAUGGUCUUGGACAUAGUGCAGCACUGGGAUGCCUUCAAGCAUGUGACGGAGAUCUUCAUCCUGGUCCCUGCUCUCCUGGGUCUGAAAGGAAACCUGGAAAUGACACUAGCCUCCAGACUUUCCACAGCGGUGAAUGUUGGGAAAAUGGACUCGCCCAUAGAGAAGUGGAACCUCAUCAUCGGUAACUUGGCACUAAAACAGGUCCAAGCUACAGUGGUAGGGUUUCUGGCAGCAGUGGCGGCGAUUAUUCUUGGCUGGAUCCCUGAAGGAAAGUUCCAGAUGAGUCAUGCUGUGCUGCUCUGCUCCAGCAGCGUGGCCACGGCCUUCAUCGCCUCCCUGCUGCAAGGUAUCAUCAUGGUGGGCGUGAUCGUGGGCUCAAAGAAAACGGGCAUCAAUCCUGACAACGUAGCCACGCCAAUCGCGGCCAGCUUUGGUGACCUCAUUACUCUAGCCAUCCUGGCCUGGAUCAGUCAGGGGCUCUAUAACUGCCUGGCCUCUCGCCUGUACGUGUCAUUUCUCGUGUGUGCCUUCUUCAUGUCUCUGACUCCAGUAUGGAUGAUCAUCUCAUCCAAACACCCGGCGAGCCGACAGCUCCUCUACUCCGGCUGGGAGCCCGUCAUCACCGCCAUGGUCAUCAGCAGUAUUGGAGGUCUGAUCCUGGAUAAAACCGUGUCAGACCCCAACUUGGCUGGCAUUGUGGUCUACACCCCUGUCAUAAACGGUAUUGGUGGAAACCUCGUGGCCAUCCAGUCUAGCCGCAUCUCGACACACUUGCACUUCCAUAGCACCCCAGGAGAGGUACCAGACGAGGCCAAGGGCUGCUACUAUCCCUGCCGAACCUUCUGUGGCUCAGGAGCAAAUCACCGGUCAGCACAAGUGCUGCUUCUCUUGGUAAUCCCAGGCCACUUGAUCUUCCUGUACACUAUUCACCUGAUGAAAAGCGGCCACACUACUUUGACGCCCAUCUUCAUGGCUGUUUACCUGGCUGCAGCGCUUCUACAGGUGUUCCUCUUGCUGUGUAUAGCAGACUGGAUGGUCCAUGCCAUGUGGAAGUCUGGGAAGGACCCGGACAGUUUCACCAUCCCAUACCUGACGGCGCUGGGAGACCUGCUGGGCACCGCCCUCUUGGCCUUGAGCUUCCACUUCCUGUGGGUGAUCGGGGACCAAGACAGCGACGUAGGCGACUAGGGUCAUGCACUUUCACUUUCAUCGGUCAUCUGUUGUGUUGUGUUGUAUCUCAACCAAAGCCGUGCUGCGUUGCUAUGGGAUACGCCCAGUCACUGAUUGAUUGGCUGACUGUAUAUCGUGUAUGAUGAGAUACACAGAAAGGACCAAUGAGGAUGGGAUUUCCUCAUCAGCUGGAACAUUUUGUAGCGCUUUUUUUAAAGGACAGAGUUAUUUAAUAUUCAACUUUUGACAGAUUAUUGUAUGCAGCUUCAUUCCAGUCAGAUUUCCGAUUUCGGAAAAUAAAUUAAGAAUCCUGGGAAGUGUUGCUGAUCUUUCAGACAUGAAUUAACUCAUUAUCAGCCUGUCUUUCUGUCCACAUGACCUUUUUUUUUUUUUUUAAAUAAACCCAUACUCCCCUAUUGCACUUCCUGCCCUCUUGUAAAGGGGUCUGCACUUUACAAGACACAGCACUUACACACCUCUCUCUCUCUUUUUCUCUCUCUCUCUCUCUCUCGUGUGCUUCCAUCAGGUCAGAUGCUUACUUUUCAGUGUUUACACGUUCUGUUACACGUAUGUAACUCGACAUGACACAAGGCAUGUAUGAAUCAUCUGCAUGUGGAUGAUGCCUCAGCGUUUGUUUUCAGUGGCUUAUUUCCUCCUCCUGUCUAUAUAUGUCUCGCGUGUGCUUUGCUGUCUUUGUUGGUUUUGCUUUGGUGGGGGGACAAAUCUGAUUUUUUUUUUUUUUUAAAUAUACUCAAUAAACAUUAAGCAUUUGUUUAUAGUCAAUCUCCUCCCAAGGUGCCUCCCUUUUUUCCAACAUGUACAGUGUAAUAUCAUUAUGCUUUACUUUCCCGCUGUAUAAUAAUCUUUUAUUUAGGUUUUCAUCAGCCCAGAGCUAAUAUAACUCAUGACUCAACACUUGAAAGUACUGUAAAAAGUACUGUGGACCCCAUUGGUAUUUAUAGCGCCAAAUUAUAAAUAAACUCUCCACUGAUGUUCACACAGGAAAAAAAAAUAUUGAAUUAACCCCUUAAGCAAUGAAAUUUAUUCGGCUCUGUGGGAUUCAGUGUGUAUACGAUGUAGAGCAAGUACAGUUCAGACCAUGCAGUGCGUUUUUAUAAUCCUUGUUAAUCAGGAUCCAGCCACAAGCAGAAAAAGGUCGUGCUACAGGGCUCUGAAAUCCGAGACUGACAUUAGUUUGUCCCUGUGAGCAUUGUGCUCGAAUUCAUUACUACACCGUUAUAACAUUGACCCGGACCAGUCAUGACGCCACCGCUUCAGUCUGUUGGCAUGUAACGAUUCGCAAUAUUUGGUUCAUGAUACAAUUUUCCCAUUAUAUUUUUAAUUAUUAUACAUACAGGACACUUUUUCCGUGGAAUAAAAACGUGUUCUAGUCCCUUAUAGCAGGUUUCAUUCAUUUGGUUUGAUAGCAUGCAAUAUUGUUAGCAUAUCGCUUAUCCUACAUGUAUUACAUCACUCUACCUAAUGGAGAAUGAGCGUUGAAUAUGAUUUAUGAUAUUGCACUGUUGUCAAGACAACAUGACAUCACAUGUCAGAGCUGAUGCGAAUAUCCAGUGAAAGUUUUCUGCUGCGCAUACGCAGAAAAAUUUCUUUGUUCGCCGGCAGCGCCCACAAUAAACUGUCGCAGUGAGUUGAAAAUGGCAUAAGAUACGUAUUAAAUGUAAAACUUCUGCAAUAGCGAGUGACUGUGACAAUUUGUAAACAAACAUGGCCGCCAGGUUUGCUUUGUUAAAUACAGAAGAUUUUGAGAGAAUUUUGAAAGAGAAAGACACGUUGAACACCCAAAAGGAAUGUGUAUGUAUAAUAAUGAUAAUUAAUAAUGACUUUUUUUUCGUGGUCUAUCAGAUAUAUUCCAUUCAGCUACUCGUCUUCGACUCAUUCAGUAUCAUGCUUGCUGAAUGGAAUAUAUCUGAUACAGCACUCAACGCCAGCCAAUAUUAUUUAAACAUCAGCAUAAAUAUUCAGUUUGUUAAAUAAAAAAAAAAACCCUUUAAUUUUCUUAAUAACCAACAAUAAUUAUUUACCCACAUUUGUAAAGGUUGGAGUAAAAUAUAACUUAUUAACAAAAAUGUUUCAAAUGAAAAAUGUCAAUAACAGAGGCCUUUUCUUCAUAAAAUUUAUGAACAUUUACCUCCAUUUUUCUUCUCUUUUCUUUAGCUUUCAGCAGUUUGCAUGAAAAAAGCUCAAUUUCCCAUUUUAGAUUUUUUUGUGUGUUUUCACUGCAUUCGAGCUGUGUUACUUCUGCCUACAGUGAAGUCAUGCGCAUUCCUGCUAUUGUAUGUUCUUGCGUCAUCUCCUGUCUAAGCUAAGACACACAGAUUACGCGUCCUGAUGAUAAUCACGAGUCAUUCUUUUUAUUUCAUCAAUUUGAAUAAUAAAUUUCUUUCACGAUUUAUCAUCACACGAUAUAUCAUUAUAUGCCUUUCAGUCUGGGUUUGGAACUGAUGGAGGGGGGGAACCCUGUGAGCCUAGUAUUGAUGAGAAGGAGACAAGAAGCUUCUAUGGUUCAUUUCUGUUGUCAGAAGUAAUAAUGGUGAUUUGCAUCAUGUAAAGAAUGAAACCCUCAGGGUGUGCUGUUUAUAGGAAAAUAAUCAGCAACUGGGUGGUGUGAUGCGGCUCAACACGGGUUACUGCUGCCACGCCAAAGUUGAUAAUUCUCCAAUAACGCCAUAUCUGGAGGUUCCUCUUGUGUACCACAGCAAUUUGCAAAAGAUUUUUUUUUUUAAUUAUUAAAGAAUGAAAAAUUGUACUUUU